AUGCCCGACACCAUGCGCGCAAUUGACAUCAAGGGCGGCAAAGGCCCCGUCGACGCCCUAUUCGUCAACGACCAAACCCCCAAGCCCACGCCCACCAAAACGCAAGCCCUCGUCCGCAUCAAAGCCUUCGGGCUCAACCGCAUGGACCUGCUCCAGCGAGAAGGCAUGUACCCGGUGCCACCACAAGCGCCGGCAACGCUGGGCGUCGAGUUCUCAGGCGUGAUCGAGGGCUUCGGCAGCGCGCCCGAGAAGGGCUUUUCGAUCGGCGACGAGGUGUUCGGGCUAGCGUACGGAGGCGCCUACGCCGAGUACAUUGCCGUGUCGACGCACAUGCUGGUGCACAAGCCCAAGGAGCUGAGCUGGGAGCAGGCGGCCGGCGUGCCCGAGACCUGGAUCACGGCGCUGCAGGCCAUGUACCUGAUUGGGGAGUUUGGGCCGGGCAAGAGCAUCCUCUGGCACGCGGGGGCUAGCAGCGUCGCUAUUUCCGGCAUCCAGCUCGCGCUCGCGGAUAAGGCUGCUGCGGUGUAUGCCACGGCGCGCCAGGACGAAAAGUGCGACUUCGUGGUGCAGCAGCUGGGCGCGACGGGCGCGUUCAACGCCACCAAGGGCGACUGGGCGGACGAGGUGCUCAAGGCCACGAACGGCAAGGGCGUCGAUGUCAUCAUCGACUUUGUGGGCGCCGACUACUUCGCCGGCAACCUCAAAGCUGCGGCGCUGGACGGGCGCAUUGUCAACUUGGGGUUCCUGGGCGGCACUAAGCUCGACGGCAAGGGCGCCGACUUGGGCAAUUUCAUUCGGAAGCGCCUGCGCUUCGAGGGCAGCUCGCUCCGCAGCCGCGAUGAGGACUACCAGGGCAAGCUGCGGGACCAGCUCGUCGAGCACGCGCUGCCCAAGUUUGUGGACGGCAGCUUCAAGAUCUUCGUCGAGAAGACGUUUAAGUUUGAGGAGAUUAUCGAGGCGCACAAGCUCAUGGAGGCGAACAAGACAAAGGGCAAGAUCAUCUGCGUCAUUGACUGGUAG